GACAGUUUCCGGGGUUUCCCUUCCUGGGCUGGGACAAGCGGCGAGAAGCAAAAAAAACGCUCCUGUCGAUAAGAAUAUUACAAAGUCACACACUCAGGCUCGUCAGCCAUCCAGUAAACGGUAGCAAUGUCUCAAUCUGGAGAAAAAGGGAAGUUCCCAGAUGCAGCAGGUUAUGUAGGGUUUGCCAACCUCCCAAACCAAGUGCACCGAAAAUCUGUGAAAAAAGGGUUUGAAUUCACCCUAAUGGUUGUAGGGGAGUCUGGUUUGGGCAAAUCGACACUUAUAAACAGCCUGUUUCUUACUGAUCUCUACCCUGAACGCUACAUCCCUGGUGCUGCAGAGAAGAUUGAGAGGACGGUGCAAAUUGAGGCGUCGACCGUGGAGAUCGAAGAAAGAGGAGUGAAGCUUCGCCUAACCGUGGUCGACACCCCUGGAUAUGGAGAUGCCAUCAACAGCCAGGACUGCUUUAAGACCAUCAUCCAGUACAUCGACAAUCAGUUUGAGCGAUACCUUCAUGACGAGAGCGGGCUCAACCGAAGACACAUAGUGGACAACAGGGUGCACUGCUGCUUCUAUUUCAUUUCUCCAUUUGGACACGGUCUAAAGCCUCUGGAUGUGGAAUUUAUGAAGGCCAUCCACAGCAAAGUUAACAUAGUCCCGGUCAUCGCUAAGGCUGACACACUGACACUGAAGGAGAGGGAUCGCCUGAAGAGGAGGAUCCUGGACGAGAUCGCGGAGCACGGGAUCAGAAUUUAUCAGCUACCUGAUGCAGACUCUGAUGAGGAUGAGGAGUUCAAGGAGCAGACGAGAGUCCUCAAGGCGAGCAUUCCCUUUGCUGUGAUUGGCUCCAACCAGCUGAUUGAGGUAAAGGGAAAGAAGAUCCGCGGCCGUCUUUACCCGUGGGGAGUUGUGGAGGUGGAGAAUCCCGAGCACAAUGACUUCCUCAAGCUCCGCACCAUGCUUGUGACUCACAUGCAAGACCUGCAGGAAGUCACUCAGGAUCUGCAUUAUGAGAACUUCCGCUCAGAGAGGCUGAAGAGAGCGGGCAGAGCUGUGGAUGAGGAUGUGGUGGAUAAGGACCAGAUCCUGCUCCAGAAAGAGGCUGAGCUGAGGCGCAUGCAAGAGAUGAUCGCUCACAUGCAGGCACAGAUGAAGAUGAAAUCAGAUGAGUGAAAGGGUCCAAGCAAAAGGGAAGCACGGUGAUCCAAGACCCCAACACAC